UGGAUGAACAAACUACUGUUAUAUAUGUGUUAUUUGUCGUUAUACAGCCAUGUUCAAAAUUUUUGGGGUCAUUCAAUUACAACCGUUAUGCUGCCGAAAUUUCUGUAGAAUUUAGAUAAAAUUUGAUAUAUAUAUAUAUAUAUAUAUUAUGUUCUGUUUUGUUUAGGGUCCACUCGCUCAACCGCCCUCAAGACGUGAUGCGUCAAAGGGGAAAGCUCCGAUGCUUUCUCCACAAAGCCGUGGUGCACGGGAAGAUGAGUUGUUCACGGAAGAGAAGAUGGCGUUGAUCCCUAAUUCGCUAAAAUGGAUGAUUCAUGAAUUCCUAAGGCUCAAAGAUAAACGUGAUAUAAUCACAAUUUCUGUCCCCCGAGGGUUCAUUGCACCGCGUACCCAGAUCAUUUUAUCUGGAGAGGAUUUGCAGCAGGUUGCUACGUGUAACUACAUCGGCAACCAGGGAAUGCUGUUUGGAAUGAUGCACAUAUGGGAGAGCAUCAACGGUCUGAGAAAAAUUUUCAAGUUUUACGACCCAGAGCUUCUCACAGUGCAUGGGAUCAGCGAUGAAGAACAGAGUCAGUCUUUUGACGAUGCGGCAAGACGAUUGGCUAAUUGGUUAUCAUUAAUGAACAACAACCACCAAAUGUUCUUUAUUCCUUGGAAUAUCGGGUAAACUUUAUUAAAUUCUUUAGUGCUAAUUGUUCAUUUCUAUAUUAUGUCUUCAAAUUAUUUUUAUACUAUCUUACUUAUAUUCCAAUAUAAUUUUCUAGGAUGCA